UAGAUCCGUUUCAUCCUUAUUCAGAACCGUGCUGGGAAAACCCGCUUGGCAAAGUGGUAUAUGCAGUUUGAUGAUGAUGAGAAACAGAAGCUCAUUGAGGAGGUUCAUGCAGUGGUGACCGUACGUGAUGCCAAACACACCAACUUUGUGGAGUUUCGAAACUUCAAGAUAAUUUAUCGGCGUUAUGCUGGGCUCUAUUUCUGCAUUUGUGUGGAUGUCAAUGACAACAAUCUGGUCUACCUGGAAGCUAUCCACAAUUUUGUAGAGGUUUUGAAUGAAUAUUUCCAUAACGUCUGUGAACUAGAUCUUGUCUUCAACUUCUACAAGGUGUAUACGGUGGUGGAU